UGUAUGUAAGCAAACGUAUCUUCGACGUUCCUGCAAGCCGUUCGUUGGGCAUACGCCAGGGAUGCACCCGCGGAACAGAUACAGAGAGCACAAGCCCGAUUUUCUCGACCUGGCUCGGCACAGACCGUCUCUCAUGCCGUACCUGGUCCGGAAAAAGGCGAGUUCCUCGUCCGAGCCGGCUCCGUAUUCCCACACCGUAGACUUCAGUAAUCCAGAGGCCCUAAGAGAGUUGGCGUGUGCAUUGCUAUCGAAAGACUUUGGUCUGGAGGUGGUUCUGCCCGAGGACCGGCUGGUUCCCAUGGUUCCUCAGAGACUGAACUACAUCCACUGGCUGGAAGACCUCCUCAUGGAGGAGACGGAGAGGGAGGGAGAGGAGGGAAAGAAAGUGUUGGGAGUUGACAUAGGUACGGGGGCCUCAUGUAUCUACCCACUGCUGGGGACGGCGGUGAACGGCUGGCAUUUCCUGGCCACAGAGGUCGACGGUGCCUCAGUCCAGAGUGCCUCGGACAACGUGACCAGAAACAACCUCCAGGACAAAAUCUCUGUUGUGAAGGUGUCACUGGAGACGGUGCUGAUAGGAGCAGUCUGUGAGUCCCAACACUACGACUUUGUCAUGUGCAACCCUCCGUUCUACACCGACAAGAAAGACAGGUACGAGGGGAGCCAGCGGACGUCCCACCGACCAGCUCCGCCCACUUUCAGCACGGGGAGUGAGGUGGAGACGAUGGUGGAGGGUGGGGAGGUGGAAUUUGUGAGGAGAAUCAUCAGCGACAGCCUCACCCUCCGGACUCAGAUCAGGUGGUACACGUCAAUGUUGGGGAAGAAGGCGAACAUGAAGACCAUUUGUCAGGAGUUGAAGAAACACCAGGUACCAGUGGUGAGAUGGACACAGUUUGUUCAGGGCAAGACGCAUCGUUGGGCAGUGGCCUGGACCUUCGCUGACGGCAGGGGGGAGGAAUCAUUGUUUCUUGGUCCCGGCAGGAAGAAGAGUCAGCCACUGGCUCUCUCUGUCCCCCACGAGAGAAUGGAGACAGCAGCGAGCGCCGUGGAGAGAGUCCUACAUCAGCUGAAAGCCUCUCUCGGGGAACUAAAGAUUGAAUUUGAAAGAGAAGCAGUUGAAAUGGGAGGAGAGGGAGGGAGGGGUUGCCAGCUGGCUUGCGAGGCUCGCACAAACACUUGGUCGCACCAGAGAAAGAGAAAGAGACUAAAACAGAGAUUGGAGGAGCAGGCACAGCAGACAAAACUGCAAUCAGGUGAGAGUGUUCAAACCCUACAACCAGGGACAGAAGAGGAUGGAGGAGGAGGAGGAGGAGGAGGAGGAGGAGGAGGUUUUGAAUCCAGAGAAGAAAACGCUGUGAAAGGGAACGAGGUGUGUUCUAGAGGCUAAGGCUGACUCUUUUCCUGGUGCUACUCGAGAAAUUGAACAAACGACUGUGGCUAAAGUUGGAUCCUCUGAUAGUUAUGCUAAGCCUACAGCGGCGACUGACAGAGGCUCAGCAACAGAGGACAGAGAAAGCUACCCAGAAUCCCGAGUAGGCGACAAUGAACAAGAAAUCUGGCGGCAAAUAGAAGCCCUCAACAGUGCCUGCCACGUCAGAUUCAGUUGCACUGUAGCCCCAUGUACCAGUGAUAGUGCAGAAAGUGUGCUCUACCCUAAGAAGAAACCAAAGCUGUCUAGUGAGAGAGUGUCAGGGCCAGAGGUGGAGGGUAAGGAGUGCGUUUUGUUGGAGUUUGAGUUGAUCAGUGGAGAAAACAGAGAUCUCUUACACCAAAUUGUUCAGUAUCUGAAGAACACAACUUUUAGACAUUGAUACAAAAACAAGGACACACUUUAGAUGAAAUUGACUCUGUAUACAUGAUAAUAGAUAUAAAAAGAACACAAAAUGGUAUUGGUUAAACAAAAA